ACAGGAGGAGACGGGAGGAGGGUGCUGGAAGGGGGACAUUCACUCAUUGUUACCAACUCGAGGAGCCGCGGAGACCCCGUUGCUACACGUGAAUUUCCGGCACAAUAUUCAGAUUGCAGGUUGAACAUCAUCUUCAUCGGUGGUCAUCAUCACUAUUCUCUCCAAAGCCUCACCGCUGUCCGUCGAGGGAGGAGAGGGAGGAGUGCCGGCGGUCACGGCGCAGCAUCUUAAAGGACCACAGCAUCUUAAAGGACCGCGGCAUCUUAAAGGACCACAGCAUCUUAAAGGACCGCGGCAUCUUAAAGGACCACAGCAUCUUCCCGGACUAUGGAGGUCUUGUGACACUCUGCUGCCGCUGACCGGAUUCCCCACGGUGAUGGAUGCAGCCAGCUUCAGUCAUGGCCGUGUUGGACUCCGCCGCCCGACCCACGCGGUUUCUCUGUGAGGUGAAGAGGAGGAAGAGACUACCAGACAGUCCCGGACGCUCCUCAAGCCCUGUGAUUUCCCCAUCCUGCUGAAUGAGCCAGUGGCUCACUGGGUUCAACCCUUCUUCCUCUCUCCUGCUGUACGGACCGGUCAUGGAGCUCCUGUGGGUGCUGUCGGUGUCUAUGUUGACGACGUGCGCUGCCAUCCCCAUGGAUGCGGUGGAGGAGAGCCACAGUCUGUUCACCUGUGAGCCCAUAACCCUACGCAUGUGCCAGGGGCUGCCCUACAACUCCACCUACAUGCCCAACAUACUGAAUCACUACGACCAGCAGACUGCGGCGCUCGCCAUGGAGCCGUUCCAUCCCAUGGUGAACCUCCAGUGCUCUCCGGAGCUCCGGAUGUUCCUGUGUGCGCUCUACGCUCCGGUGUGCACCGAGUACGGGCGGAUGACUCUGCCCUGUCGCCGCCUCUGCCUGCAGGCCAAGAGCGACUGCUACAAACUCAUGGACAUGUUUGGUGUCAGCUGGCCGCAGGAAAUGGACUGCAACAGGUUCCCAGACUGUGACGAGUCGUACCCCCGUCCCGUGGACCUGCUGUCCGGCUCGGAUACGACUGAAUCCCCCAUCUCCGUCCAGCGGGACUACGGCUUCUGGUGUCCGAGAGAACUCAAAAUCGAGCCCGAGCUCGGUUACUCCUUCAUGGGGGUCCGCGACUGCUCCCCCCCCUGCUCCAACAUGUACUUCACGCGGGAGGAGCUGACGUUCGCCCGCUACUUCAUCGGGGUGGUUUCCAUCGUCUGUCUGUCCGCCACCCUCUUCACCUUCCUGACUUUCCUCAUCGACGUGUCGCGCUUCCGCUACCCGGAGCGUCCGAUCAUAUUCUACGCCGUGUGCUACAUGAUGGUGUCCCUGGUGUUCUUCCUCGGGUUUCUGUUGGAGGACAAAGUUUCCUGUAACGCAGCAAGUCCCGGGAGGUUUAGGGCUUCAACAGUGACCCAAGGCUCCCAUAAUAAGGCCUGCACCCUCCUCUUCAUGGUGCUGUACUUCUUCACCAUGGCCGGCAGUGUCUGGUGGGUCAUUCUGACCAUCACCUGGUUCCUGGCGGCUGUUCCCAAGUGGGGCAGUGAGGCAAUAGAGAAGAAGGCCCUCCUGUUCCACGCCUGUGCCUGGGGCAUCCCCGGCGUCCUCACCGUCACCCUGCUCGCCAUGAACAAGAUCGAGGGAGACAGCGUCAGCGGGGUGUGCUUUGUGGGGCUGUACAACCUGACGGCCCUGCGCUGGUUCCUGCUGGCUCCGCUGGGAUUGGACGUAGUGGUUGGUGUGGCACUGCUGCUGGCAGGCAUAGCAGCGCUGAACCGAGUCCGCAUGGAGAUCCCACUGGAGAAGGAGAACCAGGAGAAACUGGUGAAGUUCAUGAUCCGCAUCGGCGUGUUCUCCGUGCUCUACCUGGUCCCUCUGCUGGCCGUCCUAGCCUGCUACCUUUACGAGAACAGCCACCGGGCCAUCUGGGAGACCACCUGGGUCCAGGAGAAGUGCAGAGAUUACCACAUCCCCUGUCCCUACCAGGUGGAGCGCACCAGCCGUCCUGACCUGGCCUUGUUCCUGAUCAAGUACGUGAUGAUGCUGAUCGCGGGCAUCCCCUCUGUGUUCUGGGUGGGCAGUAAGAAGACCUGCUUCGAGUGGGCCAGCUUCUUCCACGGCAAGAGACGCAAAGACGGGAUGGUCAACGAGAGCAGACAGGUGCUCCAGGAGCCCGACUUCGCCCAGCUGCUGCUCAGGGACCCCAACGCGCCCAUCGUGAGGAAGUCCCGGGGCACGUCCACCCAGGGGACCUCCACCCACGCCUCGUCCACCCACCUGGCCAUGUUGGAUGAACCGCCCAGCGCCAGCACCAGCCGGGCCGGCUCGGUCCGCAGCGCACGCUCCAAGAUGAGCAGCUACCACGGCAGCCUGCAGCGCCCCCGAGACGACAGAUAUACGGCCUCCAGUUUCCGGGCCACAGACGACCGGCUGCUCUACGGAAGCAUGUCUCGCCUCAACGACCAACCGCAGUCCAGACACUGCAGCACCAACCGCCUAGACAGCCUAUCACGGCACGGCUCCACCCAACGACUGGAGAGCCAAUCACGGCAGAGCAGUGUCAGGGACCUCACCAGCACCACCCAAGCCGUCUUUGGUGCCCCUGGAAACGGGAUUCACAGAGUCCUGGAGGAGGACGGAGCUACAGCCUGAAGAGGAUCUGAGAUGCUUCUGAAGAUGGAAGAUGUGACUGGAAGGGAGAGGGAAAGAUGACUUCUUUCUUUUCCUAGAGAAUUAAAGAAUGCGUGAGGAUCCACAGUAAGCCUGACAAAAUGCAGAGGAGCAACCACUGUGGAGUCCUCUCCUGUUGAAUUUGGGAGCUCAGCGCUGAGGCACAGUUUACUGACGACGUUAGCUAGAACAGGGCUCCAUCCAGCCAGAGCAAGAGGACUGAGUGUGGAUCGAUGCCUUAAAAUGUCCUCUCAGCUUUACUCAACCCACUAGCUGAUCCUACGGUCCUGAUGACGACCUGUGGAUAACCAACACUGGAAAAUGAUUGUUGGACCUACUUUACUGAGCAGUCGAGAAACACUGGACUGUUUGUGACUUGUACUGUACUUGUUUGUAUAAAGGGACUGAGUGAUGGUUAGACACGGUGCUCGUUAGCACUCGGGGGGGGCGUGUUCUUUUUUUCCACACUUACUGGCUACGUUUGAAAUGUGUUGCUGUCUCCACUCUUUUAGUUUUAAAUAGAAUUCUGGGAACUUAACCUGCUGAAAACGUAUUUAUAAAGGACAUUUAUUCACAGCUGAUUUGAAACUCCCCAUGAGGGGGAACACAUUAGUUUAGAGAACCACCUCUGGGAAGCACUCUCUACAAAUGCUGUAUAUGACUCCUGAACUUUACUGUAAAGCAUUGUCUCAUUCAAAAAAAUGUUUUUUUACAUAUUGAGGUACUUCAUUGCUUUGCUGUGAUGUAAUAAGAGGAAAAAUGUUUGUUUGCCAGAAUGCAAGGGCUAAAAUACAGGAAAAGCUGAAUCCAAACUCCUGCCUUAUGACUGAACAAUGAGCAGAUUCUACUGACGGCAUGACGACCGACCAACUCAGUGGAAAGAAGAGUCAAAGGCUUCUACUUCAACAUCUGCCUGUUAGGAGCUGAACAGCUAGUGUUUCUGCUGCUAGCUAGCUAGCAGCUAACACAGUGGGUACGAUGUCUGUUCAGUGGUUCUGCUUUGUGUGAACACACCUUCAGUUUGAAUAGAUAGAGCGCCCUUAAAUUAGAAUCAGUAGUUUGUCCCGUUUCAAAUGUGACCUUACAUGUGUGGCUACUGUCAAAUGUUAGACCAACAUUUCCUCUAGUAGCAAAACUUGUAUAGAUGUAAAAAGGGAACUGUUGUAAUAAAGUUUUUGUAAAGAACGGACAGAGAGACAUUCAUCAGAAGUAAUGACCACACGGCGACACACUGGUUUGUAUUUGUAACAGCCCUCCGCUUUAUUGAAAUACAUCGGAGUCAGGUUAAUAUAAUGAGUUCUCCACAGAAGUGUGGCAGCCAGUUCCAUACAUUAUUUUUUGUUUCGACCUUACACCUUAAAUAUUUUUUUUUGUGCAAAAAAGAAUCUACAUCACCUGUAGUGGGUUAUCCUCAGUAAAACGCCCAAACCGUUCAAAAAGGAGCAAGUCCAAGUAAAACAAACCGAAAAAACAAAAAAUGAUUACAUCUAUAACAUGCAAAACUGUACAAAUUAUUACAAAGCAAUCCUAGAAAAAACAAAGUGUAAUAUGAUAUGAAAGAGCAAAAUAAUAUCGAAGGUACUGUAGAUAAGACCUCACUGAAAUGCAAAGGCGUUUGAAUUAUUUAUUUUGUAUUAUUUUCUU